GUGCCAGUCCAGGUUGAUCACUGCUGCUGCUGGUGUAGGGGCAAACAGGCUGAGCUCAAGCAAGCAUGAGGGUCCUAACAACUCUCGUGGUGACGCUGGGGUUGGUGUGUGCUGCUCAUGGAGGCGGCAGCUAUGGCGGAGGUGGAGGCCAUGGCGGUGGAGGCCAUGGCGGUGGAGGCUAUGGCGGUGGAGGCCAUGGCGGUGGAGGUCAUGGUGGUGGUGCUAGCAUAGUUGCUGCUCAGCUUGUUGGCCGACACUCUUCCACAACUGGUGGUGGUGGUGGUGGCGGCGGCUAUGGGGGCGGCAUCAGAGGUGGACGUCAAGGACCUAGUAUAGUUGCUGCUCAGCUUGUUGGCAAACACUCUACCACAACUGGUGGUGGUGGUGGCGGCGGCGGCUAUGGGGGCGGCAUCAGAGGUGGACGUCAAGGACCUAGUAUAGUUGCUGCUCAGCUUGUUGGCAGACACACCAGUUCAGGCGGCAGUGGUGGCGGUGGACACGGUGGCAGUUUUGGUGGUGGUAGCUUCGGCGGCGGAAGCUUCGGUGGUGGCAGUAUUGGUGGUGGCUAUGGUGGCGGUGGCGGUGGCGGUGGCGGUGGCUAUGGUGGAAAAGGUGGAUGGUAAAUAUCAGGCAACUUGUAGCUCUAUCUUUUUCAUCAACAAUCAAGAGUUAGCUCAGCAAUCUCAUGCUACGUCCUCAACUAGUAAAGGAAUUGUCAACAUACUUGUAAAUUUUCAGCUAGUGAAGGAACUAUCAACAUACUUGCAACUCCUCAGCUAGUGAAGGAACUGUCAAAUAUACUUGUCAUUUGCUAUUUCCGGACUUUAAGCCACCGAUGGUUUCAGGUAGAGAAACAUGUAUUUCUAACUAAUCCUGUGACUCUGAAUUCGAAUCUGAACUUAGUUUUGUCCUAAAGCUGGACACUGUUGCCGGAGAACCAUACUGAACACGUGUCAAAAGCCUCAAUAGUUUGAAAAUAUGUUUAUACAAUGAAAAUUUGUGUGUAUAUAUAUGAGUUACGUUACGAAAGAUUAGUUUUUACACUGAAUUCGCCAUAUUUAACAUCUGUGUAUAACAUAGUACCUAUGAUUGUUAUGUAACAUAUAUCAUGUGGUUCUUCAGGAUUAAACAGCCAAUAUAUUGAUCAUAAAAUCCCAUUAAAAACAUUACGUAGCAAAGACUAAACAAGCUCAGGAUUCCUGAUCAGUGCCUUAAAAUUAACUUUAAACAAUAACCAGUUUGGUUUCUGUAUAAAAACUUAAAUUUUGUUGGAAAGUGUAAUUGUUUGUCGUAUGUUGUGAUGUAAUUCCUCCAGAGGGACUAAUAAAAGCCUGUUUCAUA